AUGGCUUCUUUCUCAUCAAGGUCGAGGCAGAGUUCGCCAUACGGCCAUUUCCAACCGUUGUCACCAUUGCCUAGUCGACCAAGCUCCCCCCUUUCCAGCCCACCUCUGACCUCCCAUGGGCCCUCGCACUCGGCAUCUUCUUCAACACCUUUUCUUAAUCAUAAUCAAGACUCAACGACGCAGCUGCCUCGAUACCCCCUGCCAACCUUUCGCCGCAGCCCUUCAUCGACAUCUCUCACAUCCGAAUACGAUGAGUGCGACGGCUCAACAGCUUGCCCGACGCCCAACCCGGAAAGUCUCCUCGGUGAUGGUAACCAGCUCUACAACAUAAACUUGGCAGCAGCAUCCAAGAGUGCGUGCUCGUUCAAGACAUACAUCAACCCCGAUACCUUCACCAUCGAAACUUUACACGAACACGACGAUGCUGACCUGCUCGUGCCUUGGAAACGGAAAAUUUAUCGCCUUUCGCCACUUUUCACGUUCCUGGCUGUCGCCGCUUACUUUUUGUAUUAUGGAUAUCGAAUUCAUUGCACAGUGUAUGCUCAGCGAGCAUAUCAUAAGACAUAUAUAAUGGCAUGGCUGUUCAUUGCUGCGGAGGGCUGUGUUGCGUGUCCUGCACUGCUACACCAAAUGUACCAAAUGCUUUCCAUCCGCGGUCGCCGCCGCCCUAAGCUUCGUCUAGUUGGCAAGAACGUUCCCACUGUUGACGUUUUUAUUACAUGUUGCAAAGAGGAUGUUGACAUUGUCUUGGAUACAACUCGUGCUGCAUGUGCCGUCGACUACCCUCAAGACCGCUUUCGAGUCGUUGUGCUUGAUGACGGAAAAGAUGCUGAGCUAGAAAAGGCAAUCGAAGAUUUGAGCCAGGAAUACCCCAACCUUUACUACCAUGCUCGUAUCAAGAUCAAGGGCGUCCCACACCACUUCAAGGCAGGGAACUUGACUGGCGGAACCGACUUUGUGACCAGGGUAGAUGGUGGUGAGGGGGAGUUCAUCGCUGCAUUGGAUGCAGACAUGAUUCCGGAACCAGACUGGCUGAGAGCAAUCAUCGCUCACAUGGUCAGCGAUUCAGAGAUGGCGCUGGUCUGUCCUCCGCAGCUAUUCUACAACAUCCCUGAGAACGACCCUCUCGUUCAAUCUCUCGACACUUUCGUCCACGUCAUGGAGCCCACAAAAGACGCCAACGGGGUAGCCUGGUGCACCGGCUCCGGCUAUGCCAUCCGCCGCCAAGCCCUCGAGUCCAUCGGCGGCUGGCCCGUCGGUUCCCUCGCCGAAGAUACCUUCACAUCCUCCCUCCUUCUCGGCUCAGGCUGGAAAACAGCCUUCUGCCACGAAGCACUACAAUACGGCACCGUGCCUGACACCCUCACUGGACACCUCAAGCAACGCACCCGCUGGACGCUCGGCACUUUACAAACCGCUCUAAAACUCAAAUUCUGUCUCUACGGAGAUUUGGUAAAAGGAAUGAGUUUCUUUGCACGACUAUCAGCAUUCGUCUUCGCAAUCGACGCAUUCUUCAAGAUAUUCCUCCUUAUCGCUCUCCUCACCAUUCCCAUCGUGCUCAUCUCGGGCGGCCAACUCGUCGCCUAUAGCUCAAACAACCAACUACGCUGGCAGAUCCGCCUCUGCUUCGCAUCUCUUGUGCUGACGAGAUUAAAUGAAUGGAUCACUUACCUGCCCUCCGGUUACAGACUGGCGCAGAGAGAUACAGGCGCACAGAUGUGGAUGGCCCCUUUCCAUGCCAUGACGAUCAUCCGCAGCUUCAUCCUGCCUACCUGGCUCGGCGGCAAGGCAAUGGCGUUCUCGUCUUCCGGGAGCGUGAAAUCGGAACUCAAUGAACGGGAUCCGAAAACCCGCGCACCCCUAUUCCGGCGGCUCAAAGUUAUCCUUUGGGAUUGCGACGUGUACCUCCACCUCCUUUACGUCCUUUUCGUACUCGCUGCCGUUAUUUAUUCCACAGUUAUGGGAUUCAAGGAGAAUACGACUGUGCAUAAACUGUACAUUUACCUCCUGACACACGCGUUCUGGCCGCCGAUGCUGUGGCUCCUUUGUAUCACGGCAUGCUGUGAACCGAUCAAAUAUGCAAUUUGGCCACCCACUAUGCCGGACAGAGAAGAGUUGCUUGAGAGGGACCCGAAGACGGGUAUUGCAAGGCCGAAGGAGGCGUUGAAGAAACAAAGGUACUCGAAGAAGACGUUCUGGCAUGAGAUGCAGUAUUCGGGCGUUACGAUCUUUACGAGUGUUAUCUUUUUUGGGGCGUUCUUUGUUUAGAGGUUUAGACUUGAGUAAGCUGCUCCCGGGAGACUUUAUUUCGUUUAGAUUUAGAUGGAUUAGAAUUGGUGUUGAGGUUGAGUUAUUGAUUGGAGUUGUGAAGUAGUGGCUCAUUGAAGGAUCCCAU